AUGGACUAUAUAAAAGCGGUUGUAGUUGAACCAGGAGUCAGUUCUUCUUUUGUUGUCAUGCAGAGGUGGUCUGAAAUGAGACUAUUCAUUCUUUUCGCAGUAAUUGCUUUUUCUCUCGCUGCAGAGGAGAAAACCUCCCCUGCUUCUGACUCUAAGGAGACCAAAACAGUGGAAUCGACGGAUGAUAAAAAUCAGAAAAAAAGAGGCUUGGAUUUUGGAUCCUACCAUGGUUUCGGUGGAGAUUUUGGAGGCGGAUUUGAUCUAGGAGGUCAUGACUAUGGUGGCCAUCAUGAAGUUAAAACUAUCACAAUCGAGAAGAAGGUACCAUACCCAGUACCACACCCGGUUCCGUACCCAGUGAUAAAAAAAGUUCCAGUACCAUACAAAGUCAUCGAAAAAGUACCUGUGGAUAGACCCUAUCCAGUACCCGUUCCCAAACCUUAUCCAGUGACAGUUCACAAGCCCGUUCCAUAUCCUGUUGAGAAACCCUAUCCAGUACCAGUCAAAGUGCCCGUUAAGGUUCCAGUGAAAGUACCUUAUCCUGUCCCAGUGCCGAAGCCAUACCCAGUUACCGUGCACAAACCUUACCCCGUUAAAGUCAAGGUACCGAUUGUGAUAGAGAAGAAAGUGCCAGUCUUCAUAAAAGAGCACCAUGGUUAUGGUAAUGGUGGACAUAGCUUUGGGCAUAGUUUCCACUGAAA